AUGGAAAAAGUGGGAACCCAGAAUCCAAACCUAGAGCCCUUCAUCACAAGGAAAAUGAAGCGAUCUUCAAAGGCAUCAGUUCAAAAAUCAGAUAAACCUCGCUCAGGAAAAGACUACAGAAUGCAUUUGUCCGAUAUUGGAAGGAGAAGGGCAAUACAAGAAGCUGUGAAAGAUAUUUCAGCUCAAAGGAUACAGAGAGCUUGGUUAUCUCAUAUAGACAAAACAAUAUUUCGACUCUUAAAGCACGCACUUUGUGCAGUGCAUCAUCAUCUAUUUCAGGAAUAUUGUGUGACACAUCAAAUCCUGAAGAAAGUGAGCCCCUUAGAGGCUGAGCUUCUGAAAGAUCCCAGCAUGAAGUGUAAAGUUAGAUUCAGGUUUAGUGGUGAAACGUUUCCACCUGUCAUUGUAUUUAAAAUUUUUCUUCAUAAUGAAGGCCAUGGUUACAAGUACUUCAGCGGAAAAAAUUUAUUUAAACCAUCAAAUGAGGGAGUGGCUGAUGCUUGCAAAAUGAUGGGGAAAAAGAAGUUUUACUGUCAAAUUAUGGAAGAUGAACAUCGUUUCCAGAAAUUCAAAGUAACUGAUGAAAUAGAUAUUGUCACCCUGAAAGAUUAUAUGCAAUAUUCCAGUCUCCUAGAUGAGACCCCUGCAUCUUCCGGUGGCAGAUGUAACUACUGGCGAAAAUUAAACCUCAAAAACAUCCCCAGGACCAUGAUAAUAUACGACAUAGUUGAUUAUGCAGAGUCUGGGAUCAUCUCAAGCCGUCUACAGAAAGUAAUGAAGUAUCUACUACAGAGACCAGGAACAGAAGAGAUGCGUCAGCACCAGCUACAGAUUGUUUCUGAAGUUAGACGCCCUUCAUCCUUUUCAGCUAUCAAACCUUUAUAUCGGCCCUACCAACAGCAGAAUCAAAUUAAACAUCUGGGUCGUCGAUCCAAGCAAGCUCAAAUGAAAGUUGAAAAAAUGAAAAAAGCUUUUAAGAUGGCUAAAGAAAAAAACGCUUCCAAGGUGACGGAACCACAAACAGACAAGCGAAGUACAAAGCAGCGACAGACGAUUAUCUUCUCUACCCCAUCUUUUAACAUUGUGAGAAUUGAUGAGCUCUCGCCCGAUGAGGAAUUGGAAAAACAGGAAGAGGAAUUAUUUGCCUGGUAUCAAGACUUGUGUAUUAAUAGUUCUCUGUCAUCUUAG